AUGGGAGUCUCCUGGAUCUCAUACAGAAAGAAGCACGAGCUCGAGGCUAUCCUUCUCGAUCUCGGCCUGGAGCAGAACGGCACGGUCGAGGAACAGCGAGCCCGACUGUACGCGUUCGCCAGGCAACCGGAGCACUCCGAGGACACACUGAUCCGGCUUGGGGAAUUGGAACGCAAAUACACCCCCUCCAGAGACGUUAAGCCACCGUCGCGAAUAGCACCCUACCAGGAGAAGGGACGCGAGGGAAAUCGGAGGGCACCGCACGCGCCGGUGCAUCCCAGUCCGACGCAGGCAUCUGCUCGAUGGUGGUCGACAAAGCGACCAAAUGGGGACUGUCUUUCGACGGCACCUCCGACGCUCAGCUUCGUGGAACACAUCGAAGAACGAGCGGAUACCUACCGGAUUGACCGGAAGUAUUUGUCGCACGCUAUCAUCGUCCUCCUGACUGGCCGAGCGGAGAGCUGGUUCCGAACCAGUGAUCUGCAGGGACGGACCUGGACCGAAGUCCGCCGGGAAUUUUUGGAGUUUUUCCUGCCGCCCCGGUAUUACCAACGCCUCGACGACGAGAUCCGCUCUCACUUCCAGAAAGUGAAUGAGCCUUUCAAGGAAUACCUGGUGGACCUUCGCCUCCAGAUGCGCCGCGCUGGAUUCUCACCAGAGCAAGAAUUGGAACGAGUCUACGAGAACAUGCUGCCCGAGUAUCAGAUGUUCACCCGCCGUCAGGACUUUAAGACGUUGACCGAGCUUACACACCUGGUGGUCAACUACGAAGUUGCCCGCAGCCGCGGAGGCCGACCCGUCCGUGGAUACCCGUCAACAAACCCAGACGCUGAGUAUCCACCCCAGAGCAGAAACGCACGACCUAGGGCGAACCCUGCUCACACACCGAAGGUGCCACGCCCUGGGAACGCGACCAACGACGCCGCCAGUCGAGGCAACGGAGGAAACUCCAACCAAGGGGCCACGCCCACCAGGUCAACCGACCCCAGCACCACCUGCCGAAUCUGCGGCCAGGCUGGUCACUACGCCACGGAAUGCCGGAACCAGAGGACCAUGUUCUGCUGGGACUGCGGCCGCCAAGGCAGGGAGCUCACGCAGGCCCUGCGAAUCACGAUCCAGCUGGGAAAGGCUCGGGUCAGCGUCUCUGCCCUCAUCAUGGCGGAUGUGCUGGACGACCUCCUACUCGGCAUGGACUUCCUGUGCUAUGGCGGAGCCACACUACAGUCGGUUCAGCGAAACCCAUUUCGCAAAGGGGCCAAGAGAGUCCGCUUCAGCGACCUGGAACCACCGCCACCAUCCUGCGGUAUCGUUGACGCUGAGUACGACGCCGAGGAGGAACCAAAAUCCAGAGGCCACAAGGAAAACUACCCGGAGCCUUGGAUAGGGAAGUUUCUCGAGCGAGAGCUGUCCCGCUUCAACAAUAUCGCCAACGUCUCCCACAUCGCCGAGCACAAGAUCGUGAUGCGCCACGAUCGCCCUAUCAAGCAACGAUAUUAUCCACGGAAUCCCGCGAUGAGGGCCGUCAUCGACCAACAGAUGGACGAGCUUAUCCGCGACGGACGCAUAGAGCCUUCCAAGAGCCCCCAUAGCGCGCCGAUAGUCAUCGCGGCAAAGAAGAAUGGAGAGGCCAGGAUGUGCAUCGACUACAGGCAGUUGAAUGACAAUUCGAUCCCCGACGCUUACCCGUUGCCGCGGAUCCACCACAUUUUGGAGCGGCUGCGAAACGCCCGCUAA